AUAGAAACGACGGAGAGGGGAGGAGAAAGAGAAGAAGGGAAGGAGCUGUCAGCGCUACGCAUCUGUAGGAGCGGAGGAGAGGGAGGAAGGGGACAGCCGAGCGGGUCAAGAUGAGAUCCGCGGAAGCAGCGGCGGACAAACGAGAGGACCCCGUCGAGAGAGACCGAGGAUGAGAGAGAGGGCUCCGGGAGGACUGCUGCAUCGCUCCAACAUGGAGGCGCAGUGACAGCAGCUCACGUUAGAGGAGAUCCAUCUCGUCGUAGCCUUGCAGCAUCGUCGUCCCCAUCGCCGUCCGUCCAGAAAGCCGAGCGGAGAGGAGGAGACAUGGGCUCCCACGUUGUGCAGACCCUGCGCCAGGGAGUGUGGGCAUCUCUGACCGGCGGCUGGUACCACGACCCGGACCAGAACAAAUUCAACAACUCCUGCCACCUCUAUCUGUGGAUAUUCCUGCUGAUGCUCCCCCUGUCUCUGCAUCUGGCCCUGCCUCCUACCACCAUGGCCCUGAGCAUCUACUGCACCUCCAUCACCGUCUUCUUCGUCCUCAUCAAGCUGGCCAACCACCGGCUGCACCUGAUGUUCGACGAGGGCGAGGCGGUGGUCCGCAGCAGCCUCUCGGACCUCAGCAAGGCCCAGGAGAAGAAGAGCAACGCCUCGGACUCCUGCCAGCCGGCGAGCAUCAGAAAGAGCAGCACGCUUCCCGACAGCGUCGCUAUGACAACUCUGGCCCGCAAACGUCCCAGCCCGGUGAUCCAGGUGACGCUGAAGCAGACGGAGACCGACCCGGGACUAAUCGGGGUGGACUGCUCAAAGUCAGACGAGAGGAAAUCUGCAGAAGGCUGUGGCGAUGCCGCUGCGGCAGACCAAGCCGUGGGGGAAGACCCUCGGUUGGAUGCUGAAUUGUCCCCUGACGAUUUCUCCAGCCCCAAUCCGGAUCAGGACGCCCCGCUGCUGCAGGCCCAGCAGAGGUCCCCGUCACGAUCCGCAAAGGAGGAAGCGGAGGUGACUGAAAAUAGAGCUGCUGCGGUAGAAGGAGGGGACGUUCAGAAAUCUUUGACAGGAAGUCGGUCAGGAGAGGAAUCGACUCCAGAGAGAAACUUAAAGCAGGACAGAAGGGAACAAAGGGAGGAUGACGAGGCUGCAGAUGAAGGUUUGCCGCCUUCAAAGGGAAGUGAAGAUGAGAGCGAGGAAGGCAGCGAGGGCCUGAAAGAGAACUCGGAUGCCAACAACAACUCACUGGGGACUCCAAAGGAUGACCAGGGCGAGUCCAUAGACAUCGCAGAGUCUCCUCCACAGGCUGAGCUAGAAGAGGAGGAGGCGUACUGUUCCGAUGAGAUUGAGGUGGUUCUGGUUGAUAACUCCAGCCCCGGACCGGAGUCGGCCCAUCUGGACGACAGCGACACGGUGAAGAUCAUCAUCACCAUGAGCUGUGACCCCCAGACGGCCGCUCAGCUGGAGGAGAGCGUCAAGCAGAGCCUGCUGGAGAACGCUCAGGCUCAGAAGGAUGCGGGAGAAUGUCACAUCAAGAUCCCUGUCAUCACCUUCGACUCCCCCGAGGAGGAGAAGAAGGGAGAGGAGGCGACGGGCUCGGAGGACGAGCCCACACCCAGACAGCCGCAGCACGUCACGAGCCAAAGCGAAGAGUUUCACCUAUGCAGAGAGACGAUGAGUUCGGAGUCCAACACCCUGGAGUGCCCGGACCUGGAGCAGGAGCAGGGCGGGCUGCUGAUGAACGAAGACAGCACGCCCAGCCCGCAGCUGACCAAUGACAACAGCUCGUCUGGUGUCGACGUCUGCUCCCACCCAGACGACACGGACCCUCUGGAGCCGAUCGCGGACUCACAGGGGUUCCUGCGUCUGCCUGCGAUGGUGGGCCGCUAUGGGCCGGGAGGAAGGACCCACAUCCGAGGCCUGAGCAUGGACAGCGGGAAAGACGCCGUCCUCCUUUCGGACCGCUCACAAAAUACAACCACGAUGACCAGCUCCAAAUCCGACCUGGAGGCAAAGGAAGGCCAGAUUCCCAAUGAGUCCAACUUCUUGGAGUUUGUUUCCUUGCUAGGUUCCCUCAGUAUGAGAGGAGGGAGCGCACAGGAAGAGGAGGAGAAGAAGAGCAAACAGAAAGUGGACCCUGAAGAAGAAGAUAAUCGGAGUGCAGCUCUAGGGCCGGAUCCAGCAGCAACAGACACCAGCGCUGACAACACAUCAGAGCGACCCAAACCACCCACCAGUCUCCCAACGAACCCACCGCAAGCUAUAAAACCCACGCACAUCCCUAUCGUCUCUCCUGACAGUCCGCAGACAGACAGAGAGAAGGAUCCGGACUACGACUCCCUCCCAUCUCAAACCUCCCAGUCCGAGAGCUCCAUGCUGCAGGUCAUCUGCAGACCUGAAGCCACCAGUAAAGAAGAGGCCUACACCUUCCACACUGUGCACAGAGACAGACCUCGGAAGCUGUAUGCAGAGAGAGCCCUCAACCUGCCGCUGGGAGCAGAGCUCAUUACAGGCAACAUGUGCGACCUGCUGUCGACUUCGUCCAACUCGGAGUGUCAGGACGGCGCAGCGGGCGCUCACACCGACUGCCCCUUCCAGCGACGCAUCAUUCCCGCUCACAGGCUGCGGCCACGGAGGACGCACCCGGAGAUCUUUCCGGAGGAAGACUCCUUGGAUGAAUCUUCGGAGACGUCCACGCAGGAGAAGCCGACUAGAAAGGUUUAUUACAAACUCCAGCUGUUUCCCGGGAAAUGGGUCAGUGUUUUGUACGAUCGUCUGACCCUGCUCGCGCUUUUGGACAGAAACCAGGAUUUUCUGGAGAACGUCGCAGCGGUUUUCAUGGCCUUCCUGGUUUCCUUUUUGGGUUUUGUGCUUCUCAACCACGGAUGCUUCAAGGACUUCUGGGUCUUCCAGUUCUGCCUGGUCAUCGCUAGCUGCCAGUACUCCUUGCUGAAGAGCGUCCAGCCAGAUGCUGCGUCACCAACACAUGGUCACAACCAGCUGGUGGCCUACAGUCGAGCAGCCUACUUCUGUAUUUUCUGCGCUCUGAUUUGGCUGCUGGAGCAGCUGCUGAGGAGGAAGGACCUGCCGGUCUCCACUCUGUACGGAGUCACCAUCAUCUGCUACGAUGUCCUGAGCUUCAUUCGGAACGUUCUAGUUGGUUUUACCUACUGCUUCCCGUUCGCCUUCCUGCUGGGCCUUUUCCCUCAGAUCAACACCUUUACCAUUUACCUGCUGGAGCAGAUCGACAUGCACUUCUUCGGAGGAACGGCUGCCACGAGUCUCAUCUCUGCGAUCUACAGCAUCCUCCGCAGUCUGGUCGCUUUGUCUCUGCUGUACGGUUUCUGCUUCGGAGCGCUCAAGGAGCCAUGGGACGAACAACACACCCCGGCCCUGUUCUCUGGUUUCUGUGGCCUUUUGGUUGUGUUUUCCUAUCACCUCAGCCGGCAGAGCAGCGAUCCCUCUGUGCUGCUAUCGCUCAUCAAGUCCAAAUUAAUGCCCGCACUUGUGGAGAGUGAAGAAGAAGAGGAGGAGGAAGAUGCAGACAUCAAAGACCCGCUGCCUGAGAAGCUGCAGAGCUCCAUGAAGGAGAUUUUGUUAUCGGAUUUGGUGGUUUGCGCCGUCGCCUACAUCCUAACCUUCGCCAUUACGGCGAGCACUGUGUUCCUCUCUCUGAAGCCCUUCGUGACCAUCGUGCUGUACGCUCUGGCGGGGACGGUGGGGUUCGUGACCCACUACCUGAUUCCUCAGCUGCGGAAGCACCACCCCUGGUUGUGGAUCUCUCAUCCGGUUCUGAAGACCAAAGAGUACUACCAGUUUGAGCCCAGAGAGGACGCCGUGCUCAUGUGGUUCGAGCGUCUGUACGUGGGGCUGCUGUGCUUCGAGAAGUACCUGGUCUACCCCGCUAUCGUGCUGAGCGCCCUCACCAACGACGGCUUCGCCCUCAGCCACAGCAAGAAGCUGGGAAUCCACUGCGACGUCCUCCUGACGACGGUCGCCGGGCUGAAACUCCUGCGCUCCUCCUUCUGCGACCCCAGCUUCCAGUUCCUCACGCUUCUCUUCACGCUCGUUUUUUUCCACUUCGACUGUCCGCAUGCCUCCGAGAGUUUCCUGCUGGACUUCUUCGUCAUGUCAAUUGUCUUCCACAAGAUGCGUGAGCUGCUGCUAAAGCUCCACUUCAUCCUGGUUUACAUCGCUCCCUGGCAGAUCGCCUGGGGCAGCGCCUUCCAUGCCUUCGCUCAGCCUUUCGCUGUGCCUCACUCAGCCAUGUUGCUGCUGCAGACUCUGCUCACCACCAUCUUCUACACGCCGCUGGCGCCCUUCCUCGGCAGCGCCAUCUUCAUCACGUCUUACCCGCGGCCCGUCAAGUUCUGGGAGCGGAACUACAACACAAAGCGCAUCGACAACUCCAACAGCAGGCUGGUGUCCCAGGUGGACAAGGAGACAGGUUGCGACGACAACAACCUGAACUCGAUUUUUUACGAGUACCUGACUCGCUCGCUGCAGCACUCGCUGUGCGGGGACCUCAUGCUGGGCCGGUGGGGCAACUACAGCGCCGGAGACUGCUUCAUCCUGGCCUCUGACUACCUCAACGCCCUCGUCCACCUCAUCGAGAUCGGCAACGGCCUCGUCACCUUCCAGCUCAGGGGCCUGGAGUUCAGAGGCACCUACUGUCAGCAGAGGGAGGUGGAGGCCAUCACCGAAGGCGUGGAGGAGGAUGACGGGUGCUGCUGCUGCGAGCCGGGCCACCUGCCUCACACGUUGUCGUGCAACGCCGCCUUCAACCUGCGCUGGCUGGCCUGGGAGGUGACGGCCACCAAGUACCUGCUGGAGGGAUACAGCAUCAGCGAGAACAACGCCGCCACCAUGCUGCAGGUGUACGACCUCCGAAAGCUGCUCAUCACCUACUACCUGAAAAGCAUCAUCUACUACCUGGUCCACUCGCCCAAACUGGGCGCUUGGCUGAAGGACGCCAGCAUCCAGGAGGCGCUGCAGUCCUACACCAAGUGGCACCACAUCGAGCGGGACCCGCAGGUGUUCAGCGUGAAGAUCGACGAGGACUACGUCCACUGCCUGCAGGGGGUGACGCGCGCCAGUUUCUGCAACGUCUACCUGGAGUGGGUCCAGCACUGCGCUGGCAAGAUGGAGACGCCUGUGGACAGCGACGAAGACUCUCCUCUGGUGACGCUGUGCUACGCCCUGUCCGUCUUGGGAAGGAGGUCACUUGGCACGGCGUCGCACAACAUGUCCAACAGCCUGGAGUCCUUUCUGUACGGUUUCAACACCCUGUUUAAAGGCGACUUCCGCAUUGCCACCAAAGACGAGUGGGUUUUCACCGACCUGGACCUGCUGCAGAAAGUGGUGGCACCUGCCGUCAGAAUGAGCCUCAAGUUGCAUCAGGACCACUUCACGUGCCUGGAGGAGACGGAGGAGGCGUCCAUCCUGUACGAAGCCAUCACGAACUACCGCAGCGGCCUGGUGAUCUGCCACGAGAGCGACCCCGCCUGGCGUAAGGCGGUGCUGUCCAGUCGCGACACGCUGCUCACCCUGAGGCACAUGAUCGACGACGGCACCGACGAGUACAAGAUCAUCAUGCUGUACAAGCGCCACCUCAGCUUCAAGGUCAUCAAGAUCAAUAAGGAGUGUGUGCGCGGUUUAUGGGCGGGCCAGCAGCAGGAGCUGGUGUUUCUGCGGAACCGCAACCCGGAACGCGGCAGCAUCCAGAACUCAAAACAAGCGCUGAGGAACAUGGUCAACUCGUCCUGCGACCAGCCGCUGGGAUACCCCAUGUACGUGUCACCGCUGACGACAUCGUUUGCAGGAACACACCACACACUCCGCAGCAUCGGAGGAGGGGCUCUCAGCUUGGACGCCAUUCGUUCCUGGCUCUGUUCUAAAUGGUUGCGAGUGCGUAAGGACAACCUGACCAGCUGCAACAGCGGCAUGAACAUGGAGGAUGUGGACUGCGGCGCCGGCGGUUCGUCUUCGCUGAGCCACAACCGGCCGUCCUCCGUCACGUCCAACAGCCUGAGCCUCUACCAGCACAGAGCGCGGACGACGCACAGCCACAGGCAUCACAACACCGGAAGGAGAGAAUACCGCAGUCGGUCUGUGCAACCUCAGAGUCAACGCCCUCCCGUAAGCAGCCAAUCAGGUCCCAUCCUGGACUCUGGCUCCGCCCAUGGGCUGGUCCAGCGUCUGUCCAACAGUCAGCUGUCCUUUAACACUUCUAUCGCCUCUAUUUUCUCUCAGGUCCCUCGUCUGUCCGGAGCAGGAGGGAUCAGCUCUCAGCUGCAGGCAGCGCAGCAUCAACAGCGCUCCAGUCAGGUCUCUUCAUCUUCGUCCACACUCAGCCUUCUGUUUGGGAAACGCAGCUUCUCCAGCGGCCUGGUCAUCUCCGGCCUGUCCGCUGCCGAAGGCGGCAACACCACCGACACGCAGUCCUCGUCCAGCGUCAACAUCGCCGCCGGGCCUUCGCACAGGUCCAGCAGCAGAGCCACGCAGUGGACCUCGGAGCCAUACGAGAGCAUAGACGCAUCCAACUCUAACGCCGCCGUGACGGUGAGAGAGGGCGGCCAGUCGAGCGAUCAAGGCUUCAGCCAGGGACUGGACAAGACCCAGGAGGAAUCUGCAUCUGCCUCAACAGCUCCGGAGCCAGCUGAUCAAAAGACUGUCUGAGAAGAGAUAGAGGACUGUGUGGGAAGGAACACAUGCAUACAGAAUACAGAGAGAGAGAGAGAGAGAAAGAGAGAGAGAGAGCACCCAUGCACACAAACCUGCCUUCUCCCUUUAUCCUCAGCAUGUGGUCUCACCUUGUUGUUUGAAUGUAAAGUCUGAAAAAACAGAUCUCUGAUCUGGUUGAUGAAAUAAAUACAUUUUUGAAU